AUGGCUCGAUACAAUGCAUUUGAAACAAGCCAAGAGGCAUGGCACUACACCAACAUGAGCCGAUCGGUGGCGGAGACAAUGCUAACUCGUCGCCGAGCCAAGGGCACCUUUCUCGUUCGCGACUCGGAGCGCGUGCAGGGGGCCUCUGUCCUCUCCGUCUUCCAGGACGACUUGGUGCACCACUACCGCCUGACAAUUCGCGAGGACAACUCUGUCGUCGUAGACGGUGUGGAUGCGGUAUACCCGUCGCUUCGGGCCAUGAUCCACGCUCUACAAACAGAAAAUAUCCUUGCCAGUCCUCCCAUCAUCCCUCUUGAGCUCAACAACACCGGCAUCUACGAAGAGACGCCCUCACACGCCUCAACCACCGAUGAUGAUGAUGAUGACGACGACGAGGACGGGGACGAUGAUGAGUCAACUGGCGAUUGUCGCCUCAUUUCAGCUCUCAAGAGCAGUCUUGACCUCAACCAUGCCACUUCCAGAUCGGAUCCCUCAGCUAUGGGGCAACUGCAACAGUACAUUCAAGGCACCGCGUGUCAAGACAGCAACGCCAUCAAGUCCAUGGGUAGCAUUCCUGGUUUCAACGAGAUGCUACAUGCAGCCGCGAAGCCCUUACUCACCGAGCUACGACGCUUCACAACUCGUAUGGAGGCCACCCGCAAUCUCUUCCAGCUCGCUAGCGAGGAACGCGGCUUUCCUGGCGCCGAACCGUUUCAACUUCACGAGCUGGAUGAGUCAAAAGCCGAUGAAGACCCGCUGCUUUACCUCAUUCACAAUCUACAGAUGGCCCGAGAUAUUUCGCAGGACGCAUCCACUCAGGUUUUGCCUUGCUAUCCUGGACAUGUACACACCUCCCGUGCCCACGCCACGUCGUUUCUGCGCCACUCCACGUGCCGUCAUUCGGAGAAAGAGGCCCUCAUCUAUGAGGAGGGUCGCGCCCGCGAUGACAACGUCUACAGUUACAACGUGCGCAAGGUGGAAAAGGUCAUGGGCAAAGCCGAGGAGCUGACUGUGGAUGUCAACCAAGGCGUCGUCCUCACUCGCCACAGUGCCGGGUCACAGGACAACAAGACCUAUCGUCACGACGAGGUUGUGCAACUGAUCAAGUCGCGGUCCAACAAACAGCGCUUGGCCAUUUUGUUCCAGGGCAAACGACGCAAGGAUUACAUAUUCGAAGAUCUACAGCAUCGAGAGGACUUUUGCCAAAAAGUGCGGAUGCUCAAAAUGCGACACGGUGGGCACCAACUUGAGGAUAGCCGCCACUCCAAGCUGAGCAUUUGGAUUGGAACCUUCAACAUGGGUGAUGUGGCGGCGCCCAACGACCUGAGUAGCUGGUUCGCUUGUCAAGGCCAAGGUCGAGCUCUCCCAUCCAAUUCAGAGCACGACAUUCUAGCUAUUGGCUGCCAAGAGGCGGGCAUGGCAGAAAAGGACUGGUUGGCGCUGGUGCGGCAACACAUCGGUGCCGGCUACCAGCAACUGGCCUUUGCAAAAUUGCUGCAGAUUCGACUUGUGGUCUUCGUGCGCGAUCAGCACAUGAACAAAGUCAGCCAUCUACAACAGAGCGUCGUUGCCACGGGAUUGGCUAAUAAGCUCGGCAACAAAGGUGGGGUGGGAAUAGCGUUUUUCGUCAACCAGACCUCCUUCUGCUUCAUCAACAGUCAUCUCGCAGCCGGAUCGGAAAAGCUUUUGAAGCGCAACACCAACGCUCUGGACAUCUUUUCCAAGCUACAACUGGGCCAAAAGCACCUGUCUGGCUUUGACAUUCUCAAUCAAUUUCAUCACGUCUUUUUCUUUGGCGACCUCAACUACCGCAUCAAUCUUCCCGUUAACAUGGUGAUUGACGAUGCCAAGAGGCAGCAGUACACACGCCUGUGCCAAUACGACCAGCUCCUCAUGCAGCGCGGCUCACAAAAGAUGUUUUUUGGAUUCGAGGAGGGCCCAAUCGAGUUUCCCCCCUCAUAUCGCUACAAGCGGGGCACACGAGACGUGUACGAGUACGAGAAGCAAAAGGCCAGCGGCAUCAAGAUCAACGUGCCCUCCUAUACAGAUCGCAUCAUGUGGCGUAGCUUUCCCAACCUCUACAUCAAACAGACAAGCUAUGGUGCAACGACGGAUAUCAUGACCAGUGAUCAUAGCCCGGUCUUUGCCACCUUUGAUAUCCAAGUUACUGAUCAGCAUGCAAGCACCUUGGGAAGUGGCGAGAAUCGUUGCACCGUGUUUUUUCACAGUGCCGUAGCCAAGCUCAAGACCGCCGCCAAUGUCAAAUUUGUACUACAAUUUUACGCCAACUUUAUUGAUGGCAAGCAACAGACCGUGCGCAACUCAGAUUAUGACUAUGAGCCGAAGAACCCCAUUUGGGCUGGCACGGACUUUCCACGCAUCGUGCCCGCUGUGGCUGAUCGUGCCUACCUAGAGCACGAGCACCUGCUCAUUGCUGUCAAAUCAGAAGAUGGCGAUGAAUCCUAUGGCGAGGGAUCGCUGUCGUUGAUGAACAUGUUCAGCUCUUCUGCCCAGCCCUGCCCCUUCAAGGUGGAUUUAUCUCACCACGGCGAGUUCACGGGCACAUUGGCCGGGCACAUGUGCGUGGACGGAGCACGGGGCAAGAGCACCAUGGGACAAACAGACCUGGUGGCAGCCGGCGAUGAGGAUUUGGAUGCCCUGGACGCCACCCUAGACGGCAGCCGGCGUACUCGACGAGCUCCAUUGCGGCACAACGCCACGUUUACCGAAGGCAUGGCUUCAGCGCAUGGGCCACCUGCCAUUCCGCCUCGGGCCCGCAUGGGGCUGAGCGAGCGACGCCCCAUGGGUGCUGCUACUCUGGCUGAAAAGGAGCGUGCCAAACGGCCAGCAUCCAUGAUGGUGCCAGCUACGCGUGCGGGGCCCUCAGACCUCAACAAACAGUAUGACGACCUGGAAUUUUUCUCGGACUUAGCCGAGGAGGAUCUGCAAGACAUUGGUGUCAGCGCGCCAGAUAUCCAGAUCAUUAUGACCGCCAUCGCUAAGCGCAAUGCUUCGGCAGCGACGCCCUGA